UCAAGUUUACAACAAUUAUCAUGCAGCGUCAUUGAGAUCCAUUUGAUUUAAAGCCUUUGUUCGACACCGAAGCAUAACGAUUAUUAGUCAUUUUAUGUAUAUUACAUGAAUGAUAUUUGAGCUGUUUCUUAUUACUAAAUACCCAUAAGUCCUUCUGCUCCACUUUGACAAGCAUUGGGAUUUCAUGAAGAAAUCUGAUUGAGAUAUUUGAAAUUUGAAUUGCUGAAAAACGAGAAAUAUAAAAAAGUAUGCGAAAUAUAAUUUUCGUGCUCAUUCUCUCCGUUUCUCUUAUUAAUGCACUGAAUUCCACUACAGCGGAGGAGAUUCAAAAUGACACCAAAACAAUUCUGCAACAUGAGGUAACAAGUACCAUAACGACAACUCCAAAGCUUCGUAAUGCACUGAAUUCAACUACAGCGGAGGAGCUUCAAAAUGACACCAAAUCAAUUCUGCAAAAUGAGGUAACAAAUACCAUAAGGACAACUCCAAAGCUUCGUAAUGCACUGAAUUCCACUACAGCGGAGGAGAUUCAAAAUGACACCAAAACAAUUCUCCAAGAUGAGGUAACAAGUACCAUAAGGACUACGCCAAAUCUUCGGCUUCCGGGUGUAAACGAUCCUUUCGUACACUUUAAAAGCAGGGAACACGCUUGGGAAUUCUUCUUCAUGAGUUUGAGUAUAUGUUCCGGCAAUAAGCUCUUCAAGGCGAAAUUGCUAUAUACUCGUUCGAUAAUGAUUCAAUCCAUGGACAAGUUUUGGGACGAACCGUAUAUGAAGAUUCUACUAUUUUUUCCGAUUUACGACUUCAAAUACUCAGAGCAUAUUACAAUUGGGAAAACGUUCAAAUGUUUUCACGAAGUUCUUAGUGAUCCUUUUGACAUGCAGCAGACAAUUCGAAUCAGCGAUAACAGCUUAAUGUGAGUAUUUCUUUUUUAUAUAUAAUACUAGCAGUAUAGCCAGGCGUUGCUCGGGUUUGUUUCUUAGUUGCACUUAAAACGGCAGACUUUG